AAAACCACGCUGGAAAUGCAUUUGAAAGUGCUGACCAAGGUCUAUAGUAACAGAAUCCAGCGCAUUCCGACGGUACCCCUGCUCCAGCACUGCCAGUAUCACCGGAACCGCCAUCACACCAUCCCCACCAUGGAUCACAACCAUCCCACUGUGGGUGGUGUUACGGCGGAGGUACUAAAAGGCGUCGUUUCGCAAGCUCUGCUGGGCAAAUUCACAGCUGUUUUUCCAAAGCUUUUCAAGUGCCAGUGGAAGACUUACGAAGGUCAAAAGAAGUUCUACGCCAAUUUCAGUACCGAUUGCAACGACAGCAACACCAACAACAGCAACACCAUGAGCGGCCGUAAAUUCUGCGUGGGAGGAAACUGGAAGAUGAACGGUGACCAGAAGUCCAUUGCCGAGAUCGCCAAGACCCUGAGCACCGCCUCCCUGGACCCCAACACCGAGGUGGUCAUCGGCUGCCCGUCCAUCUACCUGAUGUACGCCCGCAAUCUGCUGCCCUGCGAACUGGGAUUGGCCGGCCAAAAUGCCUACAAGGUGGCCAAGGGCGCCUUCACCGGCGAAAUCUCCCCGGCGAUGUUGAAGGACAUCGGUGCCGACUGGGUGAUCCUGGGCCACUCGGAGCGCCGCGCCAUCUUCAAUGAGUCGGACGCCCUGAUUGCCGAGAAGGCCGAGCACGCCCUGGCCGAGGGUCUGAAGGUCAUCGCCUGCAUCGGCGAGACCCUCGAGGAGCGCGAGGCCGGCAAGACCAACGAGGUGGUGGCCCGCCAGAUGUGCGCCUAUGCCCAGAAGAUCAAGGACUGGAAGAACGUGGUGGUGGCCUACGAGCCCGUCUGGGCCAUUGGCACCGGCAAGACGGCCACUCCCGAUCAGGCCCAGGAGGUCCACGCCUUCCUGCGCCAGUGGCUGAGUGACAACAUCUCCAAGGAGGUCUCCGCCGCCCUGCGCAUCCAGUACGGCGGCUCCGUGACCGCUGCCAAUGCCAAGGAGCUGGCCAAGAAGCCCGACAUCGAUGGCUUCCUGGUGGGCGGCGCCUCUUUGAAGCCCGAGUUCGUGGACAUCAUCAAUGCCAGGCAGUAGGGAUCCCCACUCGCAGUCCCGAUCUCCAAGCAUUCGAUCACUUGCUAGCGAACUGCCCGCGGUUAAGGGUCUCUGGAGGAUCUCCAGAAUCCAGAUUCCAGAUUCCGCACCGCAUAUGCAUUACGCACACACCUCGUCACCACCAAGUGCAGUUCCAAAUUCAUAGUUACCUCCCUGUUGUUAAACGUAUAGUAGUCCAUUGUGUAAAUCCUAAAUUAUUCUGGCAAUAAUUAUACGCUACUCAUAUACUCAUAAUCCGAAA